GUUUCUACUUUCUUUUCUUCUUCUUCGACUUUCAAUUUUCUUUACAAUAAUGAUUGUUUGAAAAAUAAAUAAAUACUUGUUCUUACGUUCGUCAGCAUGCACAUAGCGACAAUUACGUGACUUCUACAUUUCUAGCACUAAUUUACCAACGCGAAUUACCAAAAUGAGACUAAGGAAAAGAAGGCGAAUUAUGAUGAAAACGAAAAACUCGGAGGCCUGCGAGUCGGAUAUUUUGAGCCAGGACGAGCACGAGCAAGGGAAUUGCGGGACCACCGAAAGUGAAGCACCCUCAACUAGCGCUUCUGUGCAAGUGAAAUCUGAAAAAUCUGACAUUAAGAUUUGUAGGCUAUGCUUAGUUUUCCUCGAAGAAAAUUAUGUUGAACUGAAUCAAAGUAAUAGAAGCCUUGUGAUGCUGCAAAUUGUUCUUCCCGAAGUGAAGCCCAAUAUGACCAAGGAGCCUGUAAUUUGCCAAAAUUGUUGGGAGUUUCUCGAAAGGGCCUCGACGUUCAUAACAAAUAGUCUAAACGUAGAAGAGAAAAUAAAAAAUUACUACGACACGAUCAAGUCCGAAGAAGAAAUCGAUUUGUUCAGCGUGUUAGAAUUCGCGUUUCCCAAGAUCGAAAUGGACCAAGAAUUAGAAAGCGAAGAAAUUCCGUUUACACCCACCGAUUAUUUAGAAGUCAAUCAGCAUAAAACCAAUGGAAAUAACUCUGAUAGUUCCAACGAAGAUAAAAAGCCCCUAACGAAACUACAAGUCAGAGCCGAUUCGAACGGUGUCACAUUCUACAAUUGCGCCUUAUGCAGCUUCACGACAAAGUACAAAUACAGCCUGAAAAUCCACAAAGACACGAUGCACACCAGCCCCGAUGAUUUAAUUAUGCAUUCGUGCACCCUAUGUACAUUCAAAACGAAGCAUAAGCGCUACCUCGAAACUCACAUGCUGGUGCACAAAAACCCCGAAGAAUGCGAGAUGCACAAGUGCAAAGUGUGCGACUUCCGGACGAAAUUCAAAAGUUACUUAAAAACGCACUCGCUCAUACACAAGAGCCCCGACGAGAUUCCCAUGCACAAAUGCGAUUACUGCAGCUUCAAAACGAAACACAAAAAAUAUUUAGACACUCACGUCAUGAUACACAUGAACCCGAACGACAUACCGAUGCACCGUUGCACCAUCUGUGAUUUUCAAACGAAAUCGAAGCCUUAUUUGAAGACCCACAUGCUGACGCACAAGAGCCCCGACGAAGUUCCUAUGCACAAGUGCGACGAAUGCAGCUUCCAAACCAAAUUCAAAUACUACCUAAACAGGCACAUGCUCAUCCACAGGAACCCCGAAGAGAUACCGAUGUUCCAAUGCGAGCAGUGCGAUUUCCGCACGCGCCACAAGAAAUACCUCGAAACGCACAGCAUGCUGCACAAGAGCCCCGACGAGCUGGUCAUGUACUCGUGCAACCAAUGCGAGUUCCAGACCAAAUCCAAAGCGUACCUGUUCAAAACGCACAUGCAAAUCCACAAGAGCCCCGACGAGCUGGUGCUGCACAAAUGCAACUUGUGCGCGUUCAAAACGAGGCACAAGAGCUAUUUGGAGACGCACAUGCUCACCCACAAGAGCCCCGACGAAGUGACCAUGCACUACUGCAACCAGUGCGAGUUUCGCACUAAGUUCAAGCACUACCUGAAGAGGCACGUUCUGGUGCACUUGGCGCCCGACGAGUGCGUCAUGUACAGGUGCUGGGAGUGCGCUUUCGAGACCAAACACAAAAACUAUCUGGAUACUCAUAUAUUGUAUGUGCACAAGAGCAAAGACGAGGUGACCAUGCACUCGUGCACGCAAUGCAAGUUUCAGACCAAGUCUAAAGGCUACUUGAAAACUCACAUGUUGCUGCACAGGAGCCCUAACGAGGUGACGAUGUACAAGUGUAAAAAGUGCAAGUUUAAAACGAGGCAUAAGAGCUAUUUGAAAACUCACAUGACUCAUAUGCACAGUCGAAAGUUGUAGAUAUUUUUGGUUGUAUAAUUCGAAAUAGUACCUAUAAGGUGGUUCGUAAAGAAUGGGAAACUGAAAUGUGUUUAACUCGGGAUUUACUAUCUUUACGAAUCGUCUAGUGUAGAGAGGGAUGAGGAUCUCAAACAGUUGUUUUCUGUGUAAAUAUGUAUAUGUUUUAUCAGGUUUAUCCAUUUGGUAAAUGUACAAACUUGGUAGAUAUAAAUGGGUUCCUUUUUUUAUAGACAAUUUACAAUAUGAGAACUACUACUGUAACCCUUCAUUACUUAUUAAAUUUGUACAUUCAUCAAGGAGAUAAUCUGGUGUAAUGAUUAUUUUAUUGUUGAUUUUAUUUUUUUUAUAAAUGUUUGUUUCUAAAGAAAGCAGUUAUUAACUAUAAUUUUUUAAACGUAUACAGGGUGUAUCUAAAUAACACCGAAAGAAUUAAGGGAUGAUUCUAUGAUGAACAUUUUUUUGAAAUGAAAGUUUUUUGGAAAAAUCUUUAGAGAUAAAUUUUUAUCUAAUAAAAAGUUGUAAGAAGAAUGUGGGAAGGAAAAAUGGGAGGAUUUUUUCAAAAAAAAAUUAUACCAAGUAGCUACUUUAACUUUCAUCACAGAGUAUCACUCCUUAAAUUUUUUUGGUGUUUAGAUACACCCUGUAUAAAUUUAAAUAGUUGGUUAUGAAGUAUUUAUGUUUAGUUAAGACUAGGUUUAUCAGCAUGCUCUCAUGACUAAUUUACCAAUCACCAAAAAGUGAAAUUUUCUAGUCUUUACUUAACACUAGCGUUAUUAAAAAUGAUCUUAUUUCAUGCAGUUAAAAUAUAUUAUGUAUUACAUACAAUAAAAACUAGUAAAGUGCCAUCAAUGAAAUAGAAAAUUUUCACUAAUUAUAGUUAAGACAGAUUUUAUCUAUAUAAAUGUGUUCUAUUUUAUAAAGAAACGAAAUUUAUCCUUUAUAACGUAGAAUAAACUAUUAUAUAUUUUAUUUCCUAUGAUCUAUUUAUCAUCAGGUUAUACUUUAUAGAAAAGGCAAUAAAUGCUAUGGUAGUGCCAUAAAGAAAUCUAUACGUGUAGUUUUGUUUAGUAAAUUUGUGAUAAUUUACGUAAUUUCGUAUUUAAAUUUAUAUAUUCUGUUUGGUAUUGUUUCUUUGUAUUUGUAAAAAAUAAUAUAAUUUAAUAAAAAAAAUCAUUUUAUUUUUUGUAUACCAAAAAAAAUCAUUUGAAAUUGAAUAUAUUUUAUUUUUACGCAUACUUAUAUACAUAGACAAUUUGAAAAUAAACAUAAGUAUUAGAUAUUUAUACAACAUGAACAUAAUACAUAAUAAAAAUAAGAGAUUAAAUUUAUUUACAGAUUUUUUAUAUUUCAAGCAUUUUCUCUUGCUACAUACUUUUGAAUCGAUCAUUUGUAAUCACGUUUUACAAACUUUAAGGCAAAUACAUAACAAGAAAAGCAACUUUUAAAUUUACGUUCCAAUUUUGUGUAAUCGCCACCAGUUAAAAAUAUAUUUCAAUUACGAAUUAUUAUAACAUUGUGAAGGUUUAUGUGCAGAUUCAAAUUUCUUUUUUGCUUUAAAUACGUAAAAAUUUUUCUGGUAUGUAAUAAAUGAAAUGAAGCCAAUUUCGAUGGUUGAAAAUUAUAAAACCAAAUCUUGGACGGAACAAAUUUGGAACAAAAUUAAUUAUUGUCCCUUUUAAUAAUUUGAACAAUAUGUAUUCACCAUGUUAACGAAUGUUCGAAUGUGUUUCGUUCAAAACACAGGUGAUCGAAAUAUCACAAACAUAAUGAAAUUUUAUGGAUAAUAAAGAUCAGAACGUGAAAGUCAUUGCAUAUUACAAAUAACGUCUAAAAUUCUUUGAUAAAAACAAGAGGAAUCAAAUGAUACAGAUUUUGGUAUUGCUCAAAAUAUGGAAAUUAUUAAACGAAAAUAUUUUGUUUCAAAAUUCCCUCGAUAUAAGUUACAACUCUACAUUAUUUUCUUUUAUUUUAUAGUCCAACUAAGAAAAAAAUAACUAUAAAAGUAGAUUUAUGAACAUAUUUAAAUUUCUACUAUUUAUGAGGAAUUAAAGCAAUUCAUUGGUAAUUACAUUUUUGGCAUUACUUUCUAUGAAACAGACCUUUUUUGAUGUUUGAACAAACUUCUUCAAAGAAAUUGUACUGAAAACGAGCCUUAAAAUUAAUGUUAAAAAAUUAAUAUCACCACAUUAUUAAACUUUCUAUAUUUUAAAUCGCUUUAACUUCAAGAUUAAAUUAUAUUGCAGAUUCGAAAAUUGACCCAUUAUUUUACUUAUCCAACUAAAUAAUAAAGUAAUGAUGGAAUCUACAACAAUUUUAAUCAAUUAAAACUACAGGAUAAAAUAUAUUCAGUAAUAUCUGUACUUUUUUUAAAUAAAUUGUUUUAGUUAUCACAAAUUUUAAUGUAAGCAUUUAUUGGUGCCUAAACUCUACCUCUUAAAAAAAUAAAGAUGAUUACAACUAAAUAUUUAUACAUCAUUAUUGAACCGUAAAUCAAACGUAAAAUACUCCUGCAUAUCUAAACAACAAACGUAAUAGACCAGUUUUAAAAAUCGAUACGUUACAAAGGCCAAAUUCAAAUUCAAUUCUUCACCUCCAAUAUAAUAAUUAUGAUGAUGAUCAACAAAAUAACGGCCCCGAUCGCCGCAAAUAUCAAUUUCUUCCUUCUUACUUUGUUUUUAUACGUACUGGCCUCGCGCAGUUGCAUCGCCCCUUGGCUCACGUAAUCAGUCGUAUGUUCCACGCUCGCUUCGAUACUAUCUAUAACUUCACCUUGCUCGUGCACUAACGAUCCCAAUUCCUUGAAUAUUUGAUUUACGUCGUUGAUAUCGCUCUAAAAUCGUUUUUAUUAAUUUUACAAUACACCAGCAACAUUAAUCGUACUUCUAACUGCCUAAUGGACUGUUCUUGUUCUUCCAAAGCUCUCAAAUCCUCCUGCUCUUGCAAUUGCAACUGUCUCGUACUGUUAUCCUGUAAUUCUAUGAGCUGCUGGUCCUUCGAUUUGUAGCCGACUACGAAUUAACAGUGAAUAAUUUGAGGGUAUGUCGAGAUAUUUGAAUAAGUACCGAGGUGUGGUUCGCCGUAAGCCUGAGCUUUGGCUUUAUUGACUUGUUCCUUUUCCUUGGAGGCGGUGCUCCUUUGGACUUGCUGGAACAUGUUUAACGUGCUGGUGAACUCGUCCUGCAGCCUCUCUUUCUGCAUUUUCCUCUGCCUCUGCUCCGAUUGAGAGAGCGAAGGUUGGACAUUACUCAAAUCUUUGAUGUAGCCGUUGGUGUCUUUUACUAGCUGUUGUGUAUAAUGCUGGAUGGAAUGC